AUACACAUACAUACAUUUUUUUCUUUUUGUGUCAUUGUGCGUUCCAAAACCAAAAUCACAUUUUUGCGAUGCAUUUGCAUUGCAAAUUAUAGAACAAAAAUGAGGUGUUUUUGUGUGGCGAAAAGGCAAUAACAACAAUGAUAACAAUGAAUUGAUGUACAAGUUGCAUAACGAACGUCGUCGGGCUCGUCUAUGUAUGUCCGUCGCUGAGCAGUCGCAAUUUCCAGAAAACCACACACACACACAUACACGCUUACACACUAGCGCACACUCAACGCCAUCAAAACAGCAGAAAAAGCAGAUUUUGAAUGGCGUAAAAAGUGUGAAAACUACACAAAUAACUAAACAAAUCGAAAUCGAGUGUGCAUUUUGCUACUUUCCAUAGCAAAUGUGUUGUGGCAGCCGCAGCAGACGCGCAGCAUUAGCAGCAGCAGCAGCCCAGCCAGCGUCAGCCACCUUUCCCUCCUACACCACGCCACAAGCCAGUACAAUACCAAUACAAACGCAUUUGCUGCUACGGCCGACAAAGAAAAACGAGACUCUGCUUGUGCUUCUUCUUCUCAAUCGUACAGUUCCUACGACGACAACAACAAUAUUUGACUCAGCUGCCAAGCCAAAACAUCUAUUGAAAUUAAUUCAAAUUGCUGUAAAACUGUGCGUGUUGUGUUGCCUCUUCAAUUCGCAACGAGUAAACGGCUUGCAUGUGUAUUUAACAAAUCGCAAACCAUCCCAAGAAGAAGUAGCCGAAGAAGAAGAAGACGAAGUCAACGCGUGUGUGUCUGUUUGUGCGUGUGAGCCAUGAGUCUGUUGGCAACGCCCGCGGGCGUCCCGAACGCUGCCGCUCUCUCAACUGCAACGGGCAGCGUCGCCGCCAGCGGCAGCAGCAGCAGCAGCAACAACAACAACAAUAACAGUAAUAACAACAAUUUACCGUUUGAGAAGGAUAAAAUCUGGUACUUCAGCAACGAGCAGCUGGGCAACUCGCCCAGUCGCCGCUGCGGCAUCAAGUGCGACGAUGAGCUGCACUACAGACAAAUGACGGCGUAUUUGAUACAGGAGAUGGGCCAGCGGCUGCAGGUGUCGCAGCUGUGCAUCAAUACGGCAAUUGUUUACAUGCAUCGAUUCUAUGCGUUCCACUCGUUCACACAUUUCCAUCGCAAUUCCAUGGCCUCGGCCAGCCUGUUCCUGGCCGCCAAGGUGGAGGAGCAGCCGCGCAAGCUGGAGCACGUGAUUAGAGCGGCCAACAAGUGCCUGCCACAGACAACCGAACAGACCUAUGCUGAUCUCGCCCAGGAGCUCGUCUUCAAUGAGAACGUGCUGCUGCAGACGCUCGGCUUCGACGUGGCCAUCGAUCAUCCGCACACGCAUGUGGUGCGCACGUGCCAGCUGGUCAAAGCAUGCAAGGAUCUGGCGCAAACCUCCUACUUCUUGGCCUCAAACAGCCUGCAUCUGACCUCGAUGUGCCUGCAAUAUCGACCCACUGUGGUUGCCUGCUUCUGCAUUUAUUUGGCCUGCAAAUGGUCGCGCUGGGAGAUACCACAAUCGACUGAGGGCAAGCACUGGUUCUACUAUGUGGACAAGAGCGUUUCGCUGGAGCUGCUCAAGCAGCUGACGGAUGAGUUCAUUGCCAUCUACGAGAAGAGUCCGGCCCGGCUCAAGUCGAAGCUCAACUCGAUCAAGGCAAUUGCACAGGGCGCCAGCAAUCGCACGGCCACCAACAGCAAGGACAACAAGCCUAAAGAAGACUGGAAGAUGAGCGAGAUGAUGAAGGGCUAUCACUCCAACAUCACGGCGCCGCCGGAGCUAAUGAAUGGCAGCGACAGCCGCGACUCAUCGCAGUCGGCCCUGCUGCCGCCGCCGAGCAUGGUGCCGUCGCAGCAGAGGCGUAGCGAUGGUAGCCAUCAGCGUUCGUCAUCGGUGGGCGGUGCUCCAGGUAACUCGUCCUCUUCUACCUCCUCCUCAUCGAAUCACAAGUUGCCAAAUUAUCCAGGCGCCCUGCCGCCCGAGGCACACGGAGAUCACAAAUCGAAGCAACCCGGCUACAGUAGUCGUGCGCCCUCCGGCCAUCAGUCGAGCUCCUCAUCAUCGGCGCAGCGUGGCAGCACCGGCGGCUCGUCGACGGGCAGCGGUCAACGCAGCUCGUCGAGCCAACCGUCUGGACGACUACCCAUGCCCAUGGACUAUCACAAAUCCUCUCGUGGCAUGCCGCCCGUAGGCAUGCAACCCCAUGGCGGCCACAAGAUGUCGACCAGUUCCAAGCCGCAGCAGCAACCGCCGCCGCUCUUGGACAGUCGCAGCAGCUCAUCCGCCUCAAGUGCAUCGUCUGCAGCGGGCGUUUCCUCCAAAGAUGUCAGCAAGUCGGGCAGCAGUAAAAUGUAUCCUAAUGCGCCGCCGUCCUACAGCAACAGCGGACCCAGCAAUCCGCUCAUGUCCCGGGGCGGUUACCAGAGCAGCAGCAGCGCAGCAGGUGUUGGCAACAAUGGUGCGCUGCCGCCGCCGCCCGCUGGCUAUGGCAGCCAUGGCUCGCAUCGCAAUAAAUCCGUCUCGUCAUCAAGCUCAUCGUCAUCCGUCCACAGCAUGCCGCCGUAUGAGCAGCAGCUGCCCUAUGGCCAGAGCCAGGCAGUGCCCAACUACAAUCAUAUGCAGCAGCAGCUGCCGCCGCUGGAUGCGGGCGCCACGUCAAUGUCGCAGCAGCCGCAGCAGCAGCAGCAGCUUGGCAAGAACAAUUCGCUGUUCAGUCCGGAGUGGAGCGACAUCAAGAAGGAGACGCAAUUCAAUGGACUGCUGCCACCGCCGCCGCCAGGACCUGCCCACGACAGUCUAGGCUUCAAGCUGAACAGUCAUGCGCGAGACCGCGACAGCCCCAAGAAGGAUCGCCUGACGCCCACCAAAAAGGACAAGCAUCGCAACACGCUGCCACACGGCAGCGGCUCGAGCAGCACUGCGAAGCCCAUGCUGCCGCCGCACAAGAAGCCCCAUGGGGAGCUGCUGCCCAGCGAGCUGGCGGGCCCAAGUCGCGAUGUGGGCAAUCUGAAGCGCGCCAACGAGAUGUCUGGCAGCCAAUACGGACUCAACAAGCUGGACGAGCACGACGGCAGCUUGCCGCGCGACAAGCUGCGCAAGCUGGACAGCAGUGUCGGGCUGCCGGGCUAUCCCAGCUAUGAGGACAAGCAUGCGCCGCUGUCGAUGUCGAACGGUGGCAUUGAGACAACGCCCGAUCUGGUGCGCACGCUGCUCAAGGAGAGCCUGUGCACAACAAAUGGCUCGCUGCUGAAGCCGGAUUCGCUGACUAUGCCCGGACUGAAGCCGCCGGCCGAACUCUUGGAGCCGAUGCCGCCGACCACUCAGCUGCACAUGAAGAAGGAUUCGCUGGCUGCGCCCACAAAUCUGAUGACCAACAAUUUGUCUGCGGCACCUGCCAUGGAGCUCGAUGCUCUGACCAAGCUGGGCGAUGCCAAGGAACUGGAGGCGGCCGGCAAGUCCGAGAAGAAAAAGAAGAAGGACAAGCACAAACACAAGGAGAAGGACAAGUCAAAGGACAAGCCGGACAAGGAGGAGCGCAAGAAACACAAAAAGGACAAGCAAAAGGAGCGCAGCAGCAAGGACACAUCCAUGGACUCGCUCAAAUUGGUCAUCAAGACGAACACGGCCACCGCCAAUCCCAACGGCAGUCUCCAAGUGGGCACCGCUGCGCCGCUCAAACUCAAGAUCAGCAAGAACAAGGUGGAGCCGAAUAACUAUUCCUCCGCCGCCGGGCUAUUGCCGAUACCAACAGCGCCUGGCUUUGGCAUGGCACCGCCUGCGCCGGGCACAGCUCCUCCAGCAGGCGUACCUGCCGGUGGCCAGCAGCAGCAGCAGCCGCCGCCGCCCGUUUUGCCCGGCUAUGGGGGCUACAACAGCUCGUCGAACAGCACGAGCAGCAGCAGCAGCAGCAGUAGCAAAAAGAAGCACAGCGAUCGGGAUCGCGACAAGGAGAGCAAGAAGAGCAAAACUCAAGACUAUGCCAAGUACAAUGGAGUCUCUGGCGGCGGCGUUUAUGCGCCUCUAGGCGGUGCUGGCGCCGCGUCCAGCACGCAGGCGUCAGUCGCCAGCCUGCUGGGUCUGCCGCCGAGCAUGACGACCGCGUCGUCAACGGCCAACUCCUCCUCCUCCUCCUCCUCGAUGGUGAUGGCGCCCACAAGUGUUGCCGCCGGCCUUGUACCCUCUGCGCUGCCCAUCUACAACAAGAAGUAGUCGUAGUCAACGUAGUCGCCAGCCCGCAGCGCCCGAGUCCCAGGAGUCCUUGUUCGCUGCAGUUAACCACGUCGUUUUUUUUUCAACAACCCACAAGUUUACAACCUUUGAUAUAGUUUGUAUGUAAUUGUAACCUAUUAAGCAUACGGUAGUCGUAAUUGUUGGUGAGAUGCAUUAGUUGGCUAAGUUAUUAUCGGAACCAUUUUAGUUAAGCGCAAACCCCGCUACCAACUACCAACAUCGCCGAUCCCGAUCCGGGUCCGGGUCCGGGUAGUUGUGUCCCAGCAUCUAAUGAUAAUCAAGUAACUCGAAGACAAGCAAAACUUCAAAAACUUUUGUACAGCAUUAAUUAAUUUGUAAUUAUAACACACACACACACACGUACACACCUAUAGACCUACACAUACAGAGCAUAAUUGUAAAAGGAUUAUAUUGUGAAAGCAACUCCUUUCGAUUGCAGGAACAGCUCAUAUAUAGCUGAGCAGCACGGCCGUUUAGUAUAUAAGUUAGUAAAUCAAAUACCCAUACAAGUGCACACACACACACACAUACCGACACACCUACACACCUACACACACACACACACACUCAUUCAACUGUUGUAUAUAGCCACCAGAGAAACAAUUUCCGCUUAGCUAAAAAUACGGCCCCUAACUAAUGCAAAACAAAAAGAAACGAAUCGUAAUUUUUGAGAAAAACAUUCAAUUUAAAUCGAGGAGCAAAUCAAGUGCCGUGCGCUUUAAUUAUAAAUUAAAGAUGCGCGCGUGCGCUGUUAAAUAAAUAAAAAAAACAAACAAACAAAAAACAAUUUAGAAACCACACGUAAACUUAUAUAAACUAAAUACAUACAAACACACACACACAAACACAUAAAUUAUUUGAAUUAAAUAAUAGUAUGAAAAUGAACGCCGUUAAAUUGUGUGAAAUUAAUUUUUAGUUAGCAAAGUUUUUCGUUUUCAGUUAUUUUUUAUUAUUAUGAUUAUUUUCAUUUUAUUUACAAUGAAUUCGCAUUACUUUUAGUUUUAAUGGUUGCAACAAACAACAACAACAGCAGCAGCUAAAUAAAUGUUUCAAUGAAGCAAAUAUGUUAAAAAAAGAAAAGAAAAGGAAAAGUUGUCUUAACGUAGCUUUCAGUUGUUUUUAAUUAUUAAUUAAAUAGCAUUAAAGUGAAUAUGAAUAAUAAAUUGUUGUGCAACACGAAAGCUAAAAAAAAAGAAAAACACAAAACGUGUGCAAAAUUAAACGUCGUAACGUUUCGAGCAUAAGUAAUACAUAAAGAAACAAAAACUAAAAGCUAUGAAAUAUAUGAAAUUAAGCGAAAACAAACAAAACAAACAAAAAAUUUACCUAUAUCAAAGGGCAUAACUUAUGUAAUUUUCGACUAGAGCAAAACACAAAGAAAAACAAAUUUAAUCAAACGUUGCGCGUUUUCCAACACUAUUCGAUUUCUAAUUAUUGCAUUAAGCUACCCACAAACAAACAAAACAAAAACAAUUAAAAACAAAAACAAAAAACUUUAAGCUAUGUACUAACCACACACAUAC